GCUCAUACUUUACCCUCAUAAUAUAUGUACUUAUCUCUUACAGGCUAUUUGGAUUAAUUGUAGAUCUAGUUUAAGGAAAUAAUCCUGAGGUUAUCUACAACGAAAGAUAAGUUGAUGAUCCGGCUAUAUUUAAUGCGUCAAGCAAAAAUUUUCCUUUAGCAUUUGGAACUGAAAAUCCUAAAGAUUUCAAUCACUUUAUUGAUGAAAGCAUUUAUACAAUCACUGCUUUUUGGAACUAAAAACUUUUAACUUUCGAUGAGACUACCUAGUAGUAUAUCUCGACUUGGUAACAAAAUAGCAUAAAUGUUUAACCUUGCACAAUUGAAAAUUUCUAAAAUCUUGAAAACUAAAAAUACUAUCUUCAGCUUAACUAUACUAAUAUGUAUUGUCUUCCUCCCGAUUUUGAAUUGCCAAUUUAAGGGGACUUUCCUUCUAAAGUUUAUUCAGAAAUUCAGAUUACAGUGAAGAAGUGUACUAAAAAUUGUUAAUCUUAAGAAAUUUUAGACAGUUUUCUUUAAAAGUCUAAUUUUGGUCUUUAGCUAUCUGAUUCCUAUGUAGAUCCAACUAUUAGUAACAAUCCAUUCAAAAUUUACUCCAGAGAUAUGUUUUGGUCUACUAGUACUGAGCUCCCAAAAGAUGUGUAUAUUUACAUCCGUAAUAAUUAUGUUUACAGCGAUUUCGGAUGGUUUUUUCCUAAUGUGGAAACUUAAAGAUUUCCUGCUUAUAGUUUUUCUGAAAACUAUGAAUAUCCUCCAUCAUUUUAGGAUUAUUUUCUUACCAUUCGUUUCAGAUUUGAAAAGCAAAAAGAGAGUGUCUAUAAAAGAUCAUAUAGAAAAUUCAUUUCUAUUUUUUCUGAAAUUGGAGGAUUUACUUAGAGUUUUCUUGCAAUUGGAUAUGUGCUUUGCAAAAAA